CUCCGACCGAAGACCGAAAAUCUCUUUUCCCCGUCCUUUAACGCCAUGGCCAGCAGCGAACUGACGGAGUUGGAGAUGUCCAUUGAAAAAAUCGUGAGAACCUUUUUCACCUACGCCGAUCGUGAGGGCAAGAAGCACACGCUCACCUCUGGCGAGUUUAAAGAACUGGUCGCCCUCCAACUCCCCAACCUCAUGAAGAACGUCGGGGACCUCGACGAGAAGAUGAGAGCCCUCGACGUCAACAACGACGAAGAGCUGAAGUUUGGAGAAUAUUGGCGGCUCAUCGGGGAGCUGGCGAAGGAGAUCAAGAGGGAGAAAGUGGGGAAGAAGUAGUGAUGGGUGUGUGUGCGGGUGUGUGUGGAUGUGAAAGUGUGUGUCAAGGAGGGGGGGAUUCCAGAUGGAGGGACGGGACCAGGAAAUCAUCACCAUGCGCAUCAGCAGGAGAAGAAACACACCAGAGUGUCAAGAGUCCUAUACCACCCACUGCUUUCCAACAUUCAAAUAAAGCUCUUCAUUCCAGAA